CCUCGACUAUCUCCGAGAUAGUCCGUCCACAAGUGGGUUUACUGUUUGUUGCCAGGCAUUUUUCGAGCGGAGGGCAUACGAUUGUAAUUAAACUGCUUUAUACUUGCUUCAUGUGUUUUACGGGAGAGGUCCUAUUUGGAAUACAGGAUAAAAACAUGGGAACGGGUAAGAUAUCUUGGAAGAAGAAGAUACUAAAUUCGUUAACAAUUCGGAAUGAGCUUGGACGAUAUCUCAUCUGCGAGUUCUACUCGACGUUCAUUGUAUCGGCCUUCGUACAUGCGGCUGUCGCUCAGGAUGUGGUAUCUAGGACAGGAUCGGGAUUCAACGUCGCCUUGGCCGCCGGUAUGGGGGUCAUGUUCGGCAUCUACUCCGGGUUCGGUGUCUCAGGGGGCCACGUCAACCUGGCUCUAUCGAUAGGAAUAGCUGCUAUAGGAAUAUUCCCUUGGAGAAGGAUUCCUCUCUAUUUCUUAGCCGAACUAGCGGGCGGGUUCGCCGGAGCCUGGGUCGUCUAUCGAGUUUACGAAGACGCCUUUGAUCAUUUUGACGGUGGAAUGCGUCAAGCGUUUGGCGAGAACGGCACGGCGGGGAUCUUUGCCACGUUCCCACAACCUUACCUGUCUGUUACGACCGGGUUCCUCGAACAGGUAUUGAACACGGCGCUAUUAUUAGCCGUUAUAGGUGCGAUGAUGGACCGACGAAACAACCCUCCUCCUCUCAGCUUCGCACCUUUCUUCUUUGGUUUGAUUGUAUUCACCAUCCUCAUGAGCUAUGGAUAUAAUGCAGGAGCACCCCUGAAUCCUUCGAUAGACCUAUCAGGACGUCUUCUUCUGGCUGCAAUGGGCUACGGCAAGGAGGUCUGGACACCCGGUGGUGUUCAUUGGUGGUGGAUACCCAUCUUAGGACCCGCCAUCGGGAGUGCUCUCGGAUCCUGGGCCUACUACCUCGCUAUCUCCAUACACCAUCCUCCUCUUGAUGUGAAAGAGAAUGCAACAGACUACAACGAAAACAUAGAGCUUGGCAAUAAAGAUGGAAUGACUAACAACCACACUGCGGAGCAAAAUGGUUUAACGAACUCGACGACGAUCACAUUGAGAAGAAGGUCAUCGGACGUCGACCAGGAGAAUGAUAUCAUGGAUGACAUGUCGAGACCGCUAUCUGUUGACGCCCUCUGCCAUAAUUCAUUACAAAACGAUGCCACGAAUGAUAUAUAUUUGUAACUUCUAGCAAGGAAAGAAAUAUAAACAUGCGUUAUGAACUAUAAGGUAUGCGUUGAUGAAGGUCCUAGACCUCCAUAAGAAUGUGUUUCUCUCGGCGUAUCUAGCAUAAUAUACAGAUCAAAGACGAAAUGGAUACUAAGUUUUCUUCAGUAAGUCUCGGAAUAUUUUAAGAGGACAAGACAGUUCAGGGUAUAUGUCCAGCCAGACAAAUCAGUUCCCACCAUCAAACACAAUCAUUUGAAUUUAAUUUGUUGAUUCGAGAUUUAUCAGCCGGAAAAUAUUCGUGAAUGAUAAAUUUUGAAACAAGUUCAUAUUAAAGCGAAUCAGUCGUAACACAAAUUGGUGGCGGAUAAGUUAUGAAAAUUAGCACGAAACCUGUGAUUCCCGAAACUGCAGGUUUCUUCUGCAAAAUUUUCAGAGGUUGUGUUCUAUUACCCACCACACCCACACAAUAUCUGGUUACCCUUUGGCAUUUACUAAUAAUGUGCAUUACUACUAAGUAUUCUAUUUAAAUGUAGGACAUUAUUAUAUGCCAACAAACAUUCACUACCCGUUCCUCUACUUUUCUGUUUCUAUGAAAACAAACUUAAUAUCAGGAUGUACUUUCCCUUAAACAGCGCUUGUAACUCAGUGUUAACACCUAUUUUUAGUACCUGGUAUCUCUUAAACAUAACUUUGUUUUUCCUUCUCGAUACUUUUACCAGAGAUGGAUGGUUUCACUUUACAUGUUUUAAACUUGCUCCAUAUUGAUCUCGAGACUGCUAUAUCUGUAAAUAGUGUAAGUAGUAUAUAUUUUCAAUGUUAUUCAUAAACUGUGCAGGGUUGGCCUAUAUCAUUAACGAGCUGAUUACUACAUUUUCAAUUUAUUGUGUGUGUAUUGAGAUACAUCGACUAUCUCUUUCUAAUCAUGUUCACGUUGGUUCUGUUCUUUGUGACGUCGUUAUUGUUGUUGUUAUUGUUGUUCUUAUCAUUGUUGUUAUUGUCGUUGUUUUUAUUGCUGUUGUUAAUGUUUAUAAUGUAUCAUUCAAUUUACGAACAUUUACGCCAAUAGUUAUAGAAGUUAAUAUAUGUGAAAUCAGAAACUUCGCGACAUAAUUUAACUCUCCUAUAAAUGACACCAUUUACAGCUGUGAGUCAUUUUUCGCAUGUUUCCAAACAUGUCGAGGGUAGGGAACGAGGUAUGGAUGGUUUAUCAAAAUUGCAUUGUAAAAAGGAAAGAUGUGAAUAAUUUUGCUCGUUAGCUUUGCUCGUUCGCAAAAUUUAGAAAAUUUGAAAAGUGAUAUUAGGGCACGAGUCGUCAUCCCCUGUGUAAGAGUCGUGUCCACAACCAUAUAUGGUUAACACGUAAUCAAAUUUAAAUAUUUGGGAGCAUGAAACAUUCGAUAGGCGUGACCAAGCGCAACUUUCAUGCACGCGAAAGUUUCUUAUUUUUGGAGUAAAUCUCUUGUUAUAAAAAGACUCGUAUAUAAUUGGUUACAAAUACAAAGUAGCCUAAGUCUCAUUUCUUCAAUUGAUUUUAUUUUCUUCAUAACGACUGUUGGAAGAAAGAAAAAAAAAUGGGAGAAAAGCCAUUUUUGUAGAAAAUCACUAAAGAAAACAGUAGAGAAAAACAUCAUUGGAUUAAAAACGUCACUGGAAAAACAAUAUCAUUUUAACUUUCUGCUAAAGAAUCACACAUACUGCCCCACCCUUCGUCAUAUUCUGAACUACUGAACGUAGUCGAGCGGACUAAACAAUUGGUUGGAGAUGUAAAGGUCGUAGGUUCGAUCACGGCAAGGCACUUCAUGAUCUUCAUCGCUUCUGUCCGCCUAGAUGUUAAAUGGAUAGGAUACGAAAGUCAUUGUGGUUUGUUCAGCAUUGUGUACGUCUGUAAAAUGGCACUGGGAUGGAAUGCUCCCAAGGGAGGGGGGGGGGGGAGAAGGGAAUA